GGACGUCUUGUCAGUCAAUGUCAUUUUAUUUUAGGUUCAAAAGUCAACUAUACAAUUUAUGUAAUCUUUUAUAACUUCGUCGAUAUUAUGAGAAUAGAAUUUUCUAUGAUCAACUGGAAAGUUGGAGAAGUUAACUUCUAUAACUCAUUUAAGAGAAGACAGGCUCACGACCUUGUGGAAGAAAAAAUAAAGAAAUACGCAGCAGCCUAACACUAUGCCGGCAGGAGUUUCUUGGGGUCAGUACAUUAGUUUCUCCGUUGCUGCCAUGCUGUCUAUGCUGGCAGGCUCGCAAGUCGUACACCAAUAUUACAAGCCGCUGCGAGAUUUGAAUGUGUAUGUUACUAGAGAACUGCAGAAUCUACCAGAAAAUGUUCAGGAGAAAAUAAAGCGAGAGCUACAAGCUGAAGGGAUUUUAAAAUAAAUAUCUACUUUUAGUUCAUUAAGAUAAAACAUGUAAAUAAAUAAAUUUUGGAAUUGUA